GGGGCUAGAUCGAGACAGCGGCUGCGAUCAGGGAAUCCGGGGAGAAGUCGCUUUAUUCGUACCUCGGGACGCUUUGGCUGCACAUCUCACAGGAAGACUUGAAAUGAACAGAAUACGAAUACACGUUUUGCCCUCCAGUCGUAACCGGGUGGCUCAGCCGGCCCGGCCCCAGGAGCCCCAGGCCUGCGCCUUCACCCAGCGGCCGUGCACCCAGCCCCGCCUGGAGGGCUUCGAGUUCUGCAUCAAACACAUUCUGGAGGACAAAAACGCUCCGUACAAACUCUGCAGCUACGUCUCUGCCAAGAAUGGCAAGCGCUGCCCCAACGCCGCCCCAAAGGCCGAGAGGAAAGACGGGGUGACGUUCUGCGCCGAACACGCCCGGAGGAACGCGAUGGCGCUACGAGCUCAGAUGAGAAAGAUGCCUUCAGGUCCGACUCCAGAGGCUUUGUUGUCCCAGCUCAGCUGCUUCAACCGGUCGGAGGGGCAGGGUCUCGACGGAGGACGCUCCGAGGCCAGCCGCAUCCUGGAUGAAGAGAGUCUGAGUGAGGAGGAGCAGGCGCCGCUGGUGCUGGACCAGACCUGGAGAGGAGACCCCGACAGCGAGGCGGACAGCGUGGACAGCGACCACGAAGAUCCUCUGAAACAUGCCGGGGUGUACACAGCGGAGGAAGUGGCGCUGAUCACUCGUGAAAAGCUCAUCAGGCUGCAGUCGCUUUAUAUCGACCAGUUUAAGCGGCUGCAGCAUCUGCUGAAGGAGAAAAAACGCAGAUAUCUGCAGAACCGUAAACUGGAGCAUGAAACGUUAGGAAGCAGUUUAUUAACGGGGCCUGAAGGUCUUUCUAUGAAGGAGAGGGAGAACCUGAAGAAGCUGAAGGCGCUGCGUCGUUACCGCCGGCGAUACGGCGUGGAGGCCCUGCUGCACCGGCAGCUCAGGGAGAGGAGGCAGGCGGUGACAGAAGGAGCUUCUCAGCUCCACAUGAGGGGAGGGAGUGAAAUCUGCGUGGCCUUCGCUGACGGAGUCAGAUGCACCAGCCCCUGCCUCCCCAUGGCCAGACACUGUCUCUCACACAUCUGCCAGGAUGGUAAUCAGGUGCUUUUUAAAACCUGCCCGGGGCUCAAAGACGCUCCCUGCGACCGCACCGUCCACAUGGGACAGUCGGACGACCCCCGCUGCCCGCUGCACCUCACGCUGCCGCCGCCCAUGUACCAGCCAGAGCAGGAGGCGCCGCCGCAGGAGCACUUCACCCCCAUCAGCAAAGACAUGUACCUGAGUGCAGCAGAGCUCCAGCCCACAGAGAGCCUCCCCCUGGAGUUCAGCGACGACCUGGAUGUGGAAGGGGACGGCAUGCAGGGUCCCCCGUCCCCCCUGCAGUUCGACACGGCCCUGGCCCUGGAGGACCAGACCAUCAGAGCCAUCGCUGAGGCCCCCAUGGACAUCCUGACCGGAGAGGACCCGGACCCGGUGGACCUGGACACGUCGGGUCAGGAGCUGUCAGAGAGAGACGUGGACGCCAUCAUGGACGAUCAGGUCAACGUUUAGUCCGCGGCGGCGCCGACGCACUCUGAGACGUUUGUUUCAAGGAAUGACUUUCUCUGCUGUGAAUAAAACGAGUCAAACAUUUAA